UGUGAGCAAAAAUAUCCCUAAAUUUGUUUGUUGCCUACUCCCAAAGUCCGAUGAGAAAAAGGAUGAUGUUGGGACCUCACCUCCCUAGUGCCUUGAAAGCUUAGCUAAUGCUGCAAACAAAUACAAAGUAGCAGCAGCGAAAACAGAACCAAAAGCUAUAUCUGUCCUCACAGACAACAUGAUGCAGAAAGCUAUGAUGGCUGCUACUUCAAGAACUCUGCUUUCUGUCUCUCUUCUUUCCUCUCCCAAACAUUUCUCUUACUACCCUUUUCUCAAACCCUCUAGGGUUUUUCGAGGGUUUAAGGCUUUCUGCAAUGCCCCAUCCCCAAUCCCCACCACCGUUGAUCCUGACGACUUGAAACACUCCAUGCUACUUGAAAGGCUUAGAACCAGACAUCUUAGACAUUCUACGAAACUCCCAUCCUCAUCACCCUCUAAGCCUCCACAAAACCUGCCUGUUUUGGGUCAAGAGACCGAGGCUUAUGAUAAGGGGAAAGGGAAGAAGAAGAAGAAAAUUAUGGCCGAUAGUUUUGAGGAGUUGGGUUUGAGUGAAGAAGUGAUGGGUGCUGUUAGAGAGAUGGGGAUUGAAGUUCCUACUGAGAUUCAGUGUAUCGGGAUUCCUUUUGUAUUGGAAGAGAAAAGUGUGGUUUUGGGUUCUCAUACUGGCUCUGGCAAGACUCUUGCAUACAUGUUGCCACUUGUUCAGUUGCUGAGGCGGGAUGAGGCAAUAUUAGGCAUGCUAACAAAGCCCAGGCGUCCACGAGCCGUUGUUCUAUGCCCCACAAGAGAGCUGUCUGAGCAGGUUUUUCGUGUGGCAAAGUCUAUUAGCCAUCAUGCAAGAUUUAGGUCUACUAUGGUCAGUGGGGGAGGCCGGUUAAGACCACAAGAGGACUCUUUGAAUAACCCAAUUGACAUGGUAGUUGGGACCCCUGGUAGGGUCCUUCAACAUAUUGAUGACGGGAACAUGGUUUAUGGUGACAUCAAAUACUUGGUUUUGGAUGAGGCUGACACUAUGUUUGACCGUGGCUUUGGUCCUGACAUUCGCAAGUUUCUUGGUCCAUUAAAAAAUCGUGCUCUAAAACCCAGUGGCCAAGGAUUUCAAACUAUUUUAGUGACAGCUACAAUGACAAAGGCUGUGCAGAAACUGAUUGAUGAGGAAUUUCAAGGAAUAGAACAUCUACGAACAUCAACACUGCACAAGAAAAUAGCAUCUGCUCGUCAUGAUUUCAUCAAACUUUCGGGUUCUGAAAACAAGCUGGAAGCAUUACUGCAGGUUCUUGAGCCAAGUUUAGCUAAGGGGAACAGAGUAAUGGUGUUUUGUAAUACAUUAAAUUCUAGCCGUGCUGUUGAUCAUUUUCUUGGUGAAAAUCAGAUCUCUACUGUAAAUUACCAUGGCGAGGUGCCUGCAGAACAAAGGGUUGAAAACCUGAACAAGUUCAAGAGUGAUGAUGGAGACUGUCCCACAUUGGUUUGCACGGACUUGGCUGCUAGAGGGCUGGACUUGGAUGUUAAUCAUGUUAUCAUGUUUGAUUUCCCUUUAAACUCUAUCGACUACCUUCAUCGCACUGGAAGAACUGCACGAAUGGGUGCCAAAGGGAAAGUAACAAGUUUGGUGGCUAAAAAGGACUUAUUGUUGGCAGAAAGGAUAGAGGAGGCAAUAAGAAAGAAUGAGAGUUUGGAAUCUCUUACAGUUGAUAAUGUCCGAAGGGAUACUGCAAGGACUCGGAUUACCGAGCAGAAGGGGAAGAAUGUUAAACUGUUUAAGGCAUCAAAUCAGAAAAACAAGACCAAAGCUGUGUCUGCAUCUGUGCUCACAUCAGGGAAAAAACCCACAAUUGCAAAGUCGGUAAAAUCUACUGCUCCAGCCAAACCUUCAAAGAAAAUAGUUAAGGUCUCAAAAAGUUUGAAGACUGCAAAAACAUCUGCAGUGGGAAAGAAAAACAGGUCAAUUGGUGGGAGUUCUGAGGGCAAGAAACUGAAGGUUGUUGGAUUUAGGGGACAAGCUUCCUCGAGCAAGAGAGAAUCGUUUACACCAAGUUGAUUGUGGUCAAAGUUUGGAAUUCUGAAAAUGGCUUUUAACAUGUAAUCAAUCAAUAAUUGAAAAAAAAAAAUCAUGUUAAAUUCAUCUCUUUUAUCUUAGCACUUAGAA